AUGGCACCCCUUUUGAUGACAGGCAUAAGGGUCGGCCUGAUCACCGGAGCAGCCUCUGGAAUCGGACGAGCAUGUGCCAAGGUCCUGGUCGAGGAAGGAUGUACGAGGCUCGUGCUCUCGGAUUUGACUGGAAGUGGCCUUGAGGAGGUCUCCGAUGAGCUCAAGAGCAUCGAACCUUCCGUGGAGACGGUUCUCUUCAUCGGUGAUAUGAGCAAAGAGGUCGAUGUCAACCAAAUGGUCGAGGCUGGCGUCGCCCGAUUCGGCGCGAUUCACUAUUGCAUCAACAGUGCCGGCGUAACUAGUAGACCCAGACUACGGACACAUGAACUGGAAACGAGAGCAUUCGAUCAAGUCAUCAACAUCAACCUCCGAGGCUUGUGGCUUUGCGAAAGGGCGCAGAUCCGCCAAUUCCUGAAGCAAGAGCCCACGCUGAAAACUCGCAAUCGUGUCGAGGGAAUAGCGACCCAGCGAGGGGCUAUUGUCAACAUAAGCAGUAUCUUUGGUCUCACCGCGCACGCAACGGCGGGGGCUUAUCCCGCUUCGAAAGCCGGAGUGUUGGGUCUAACCAGGACGGAUGCGGUGGCGUACGCGACUGACGGGAUCAGAGUCAACGCCAUCUGCCCUGGUUUUAUCAACACGCCGUUGGUGGGAAAGGCAAGCGCAGCAGGCGCCGACUACAACAAGCUCGUCAGCCUGAUCCCAUUCCGACGAAUGGGUACUGCUGAAGAGGUGGCCGAAGCGGCAGUGUGGCUAGCAAGUGAGCGAGCAAGUUAUGUGAGCGGUGUUGAGUUGCCGGUGGAUGGUGCUUGGGUUAGAGCGUGCAACACAUGA